AGCAGCAGCAGCAGGUGCUGCCAAUGAGAGGCUCCGAACACUGCAGCGAGGGACUAUCAAGAAACGAACGUGAUGGUAGCGGCGAUGCCAGCUCGACGAACGCCGAUUAUUUCGCACCGCAACAACAGCAGCAUCAACAGCAGCAUCAACAUCUUUGUCCCAUCACGAGGUGCCCGAUGGAAGAUCCGGCCGUUGCUGCCGACGGUUACACAUACGAGAGGACCGCUAUCGAGCGCUGGCUUUCGGAGCACGAUACGAGUCCCGUCACCGGCAAGGCCCUCGAGACCAAGGUGGUCUUCAAGAAUUGGUCACUUGUUUCCUCAUCGCCAUCUCCUUCCUUCUCUUCAGAGCCUGGAACAUGAGGGAGGACGAGAGAGGAAAUAGAGAGUUUCGGCGGGUCAAGUGGUCUUACGUUAGUUUUCCCUCCGUUCAUACCUGUCAAUGACGGAGAGAUUUGCUGUUUGUGUCUGUCCCCUGUCCCGCCGAAAAGCAGUUAUAUGUACAAAAGCAGUUGUAUGAAUGCUAUUUGGCUUGGCGAUAGCAAUGACUUUGUACAGGAGGUCUGCGGGCGUAUCCCUAUUCGCUUAUUCCUUCCUCCUGAAGCAAGCGACAAGGCACGAGAGGUCUUCGUUUUUUAAUCAUGGUCAACUCUGUUGUGCACUGCUUGGGUGGAGAAGCACUUACUCGAAGGAGCUCGUACUGGUGAUAUACAAGCAACGCUUCUACAGAGUUAAGAGAAUUUUGAAGAACGGUAAAUACAUCGCAUGUGUCC